CGAAAGCAAAAAGAUUAGGGCACUUUCCGCCACUCCAAAAAUCGCAUUUUUUUUUUGAGAGCUUACCAAACGGAAACACCCAUAACCAAAAGAAUAAGAAUAGCACUGUAAUCUGAGGGGUAAAAAGUUUGAACUUUGUUGCAUUGGGUGUGUGAUUCGCCAUGAAUGGCGAGGGGAGCGAAGCGGCAUUGGAAAUGGUGGCGAAGGAUAGGUUGGUGUACAUGUGGGGUUACCUGCCGGGAGCUCUGCCGCAGAGGACGCCGCUUUUGACGCCGGUUCUUGCUAGGGUUCCAGCACCCGGUCACUCCUGGAGGGAUGUUUGCGGUGGUGGUUGUGGAUUUGCUAUGGCCAUUUCCGAUUCUGGAAAGCUCAUAACUUGGGGUUCAACAGAUGACUUAGGCCAAAGCUAUGUUACAUCUGGGAAGCACGGGGAAACUCCAGAGCCUUUCCCUCUUCCGCCUGAGGUGUCUAUUGUAAAAGCUGCUGCUGGAUGGGCACAUUGUGUUUCUGUAACAGAACGUGGAGAAGUUUACACAUGGGGAUGGAAGGAGUGUAUUCCCUCUGGGAAGGUAUUUGGUGAACCAUCAACUGGGGUAAGUCCUGAAAAAGAUGUAACUGGAAGGCAGAGUUCAUUUGUGACGGAGCAAGUGAGCCCUCGGUCUCAAGGCUCAAAAUCUACUGGUGGAACUGCCUCCAGUACCAGUGGAGAAGAAACUACAAAGCGAAGGAGAGUAUCUUCAGCAAAGCAAACAGCUGAAACAUCAUCUUCUGGUGAUGAUGUUCUGACUGCAUUGCCAUGUCUUGUCACACUAAACCCGGGGGUGAGGAUAGCAAGUGUUGCAGCUGGUGGACGCCAUACCCUAGCAUUGUCAGAUAUGGGACAGGUGUGGGGUUGGGGCUAUGGAGGUGAAGGGCAGCUUGGUUUGGGUUCCAGAAUACGUAUGGUGUCCUCUCCUCAUCUUGUUCCUUGUAUUGAUUCCUCUCCUUAUGGUAAAGAUAGAUUGUCAUCGCUGGCUCGUGGGAGCAUGGGUUCGGAGGGACAUAACUUUAGAGUUCCUGGAAGUUAUGUUAAGGGAAUUGCCUGCGGAGGUCGACACAGUGUGGUAAUCACAGAUGCUGGAGCGGUGCUUGCUUUUGGUUGGGGACUUUAUGGACAGUGUGGGCAAGGAAGUACAGAUGAUGAAUUGAGCCCAACGUGCGUAUCUUCUUUAUUGGGUAUGCAAAUAGAGGGAGUUGCCGCAGGACUGUGGCAUACUGUCUGUAUAUCUGCCGAUGGGGAUGUAUAUGCAUUUGGCGGGAACCAGUUUGGGCAGCUGGGAACCGGUACUGAUCAAGCCGAGACAGACAAUACCAAGGCUGCUAGAUGCUCCGAGCUUGGAAAAUGUGAGCGUGAAGAGGAUAUCUUGUGGGGCUCGUCACACUGCAACAAUUACAGAGAAUGGAAAAGUCUUCUGUUGGGGAUGGAACAAGUAUGGCCAGCUAGGACUCGGGGAUGUGAUCGACCGUAACAUCCCUACAGAAGUAACCAUGGAAGGUUGUGUAGCGAAGAACGUAGCAUGUGGGUGGUGGCACACACUUGUUCUGGCAGAGUCGAUCACCUGAUUGAAGUCAUGACUUCUUCCUUUGAGGCUCAUUGACCCCAAUUUUGGUAGUUAGUUAGGCACCAUCUUUUCUUGAUUUAGUUAUUAAGCUAUGGUAAGUCAUAUGUAUAUGUACAUACAGUAGUAGUGGUAUACAUAUGCAUAUGUAUACGCUUUGUAUUCUUUCAUGGUGUGAAUAUCUGAAAUCACCAUGACCUACUGGCUCUUAGCAUUUAACAACAUCCCAUAGUGAUUUCUGUUUUGAAAAGGAAAUAGUGGGGUUCCCUUUCAUCUUAUGAUGUAACAUUAGUCUUCUUCAUAGUGUGUAUAUUUUAUUUUAUUGUAUAAAACUCUGCCAGUGUAAUUAUAUGUGCCUUAGAAAUUUGUAUGCUAUGCUGGCAUCAAGUUGUGGAUUAAGGGGGUUUCAUAUUAUUAGAAUUGGAUUAGUAUA